CCUUCUCAUCCCGAGAAGCGAGGCUGGCAUGGGGGACAGAGCUAGCAGCCCACAUUCAGGUGAAACAGGACGAUGACUUUUAACCGUGACUUCCUUCCAAUACACAGAACAAACCAACUUGUGAAGUUGAUAUGUGAGAUGAGCUCUUGGUGCUGGCCCUCCACAGAGAUCGAGCUGUUGGCCUCUCGAGGAUGGCUGCGGCGGUUCUUGUUGCUGAAGCUGGUGACGGUGCUGCUGUUCCCCCACGCAGCCGGCCUCCCCCUGCUAGCUGGCAGCGUGUUCAGCCUGCGGGCCCUGUUGCUGCUGCGCUCCCCCCACAUCUCCACCAAGCCCUCCACCGUGCUGCUGGGCCGGCUGGCGCUCACGGACAGCCUUGUGCUGCUGCACUGGACGCUGCGGCUGGGAGUGACGCUAGAGACCCGUUGGACAGAGGAGACUAACAUUAGGGAGGAGGGAUGGUGGAGGGAGGCUAUGGGUGUGCUCUGUCAGCAGCUGCUUGACGCUCACCACCUGGCCUCUCUGCUGCUGCUGGGGCUGCUGGGACUGGAGGCAACGCUGGUGUCUCGCUGGCCCGCGCAGACCCGCAGGUUCAGGACGUCUCACUGGGCUCAGCUCAGCUGCACCCUGGUCUGGACGCUGGUGCUGCUGGAAAGGUUGUACUCGCUCCACUCAAAACUUUUGCAGGACUCUGGACCUCAAACGUAUUUCUCCACAGAACAGAACUCCCAAAGUGUUCCUCUGGGCCUGGUGCUUCUUCCCAGCCUUCCCGGUUUCUCCGCCUGCCUGAGGAGGACAUUAUGGCUGGGGAACUUAUGGCUACAUUAUGCUGUCCUUUAUGUCAGACCACAGAAGAGAAAGAGCUCCUUUCAUUAAAAGCUUUGACUGUUCAUUUUUAUUAUAUUUAAUUUAUGUAAUAAAAGUGCUUAAUAUGUGCAGAAUAUGAACUUAGUAAGGUGUCUUAA